UGGGUUCUUUGCUGAGAUGGAGGUGUAACCAAGGAAGGGGCUUGAAAAGUAAAAAGGACAGAAAAUGAAGACGACGAAGGUAGAUGACCUGGCCCUUACACAGUGGCCCUGAAGCAGAAGACCAUCUUCCCCAAGGGGCGGGCCAAGGACUGGGCUCCUCCCCUGACCAUAAACGGCUUGGCCAGAGCUCUGUGGGAGCCACCUCUUCUCCUGUCACCCUUGCUCUCCCAGCUGGAUGUUCCCACAAAUGCAAGACACAAGCCAAUAACACCAGCAAGAAAGGAGCUUGCUGAGGGCAGUGUUUGGAGAAAGCUUUCGGGAGGCUGUCGGAAAUGUUCCCAGUUGAAGCAAUGGGUGCGACCCAUGCCUUUAUCCUUAUUUGUUCAUUCUGCCUUCUGCUGCGUGAUCAGCAACAGGGAGAGUCGUAAGUUGCAUCGGAAACCUUCCACCUUCCUUAUUGACUUGAUACACGUUUGCUUAUGACUCAGUCGAAUGAAGCUUGAGUUUUUCACUGAACUUCACACUGCCGGCCAACACAGUGAGUACAGCGGUCCCCGUUCACCAGGCAGAGACAAUAACUGUCAAAAGUCCAAGCCCCUGGGAUUCCAGUGUACUCACUGAGGUUGAUGAGAAUAUUCAAUAUAUAACAGGUCUGGCCAGAGCUUUGCCAAGUUUAAAGGAAUGACAAAAGCUUAUACUCCUGGCGCUCAUUUGAUCCUCUUACCAAUCCUAGAGACUUCCUCCCCAGCUGUUACCAGUGGGAAAGGAGCAGACUGUGGACCUUCUCUUGGGUUAGCAGCUGGCAUCCCGUCCCUGGUGGCCACGGCCCUGCUGGUGGCCUUACUAUUUACUCUGAUUCACCAAAGAAGAAGCAGCAGUGAGUCCACCGAGGAAAGUGAGAGGCCUUGUGAAAUUUCAGAAAUCUAUGACAGUCCCAGGAUAGCUGAGAAUCCUAGGAGGUUACCCACACAGGAGAAGAAUAUCACGGGAGCAGAAGAAGCCCACAUAUACGUGCAGACUGUUUCAGGAAGUGAGGAGCCCAUUCGUGACACUUACCGUCCUGCUGUCGAAGUGCAGAGAAGGAGGGCGUUGUGGUGGCUUAUUCCCAGACUGAGCCUGGAGUGAUGCCGCACAGCCAAGGAGCAGAUCUGGAGCUGGAACAGAGCUAAGCACACAGGGAUUUGUGCUCGGAGGGAGGAGAGACGCCACGCUGCUUCUUAACCAAUCCAAAUUUCAUUUGCAGAUCCGGAAAACUUUGGGGUUGACUUUACUCUUUAAGGGACAGAUCUGGUAAGGUUCCUUCCAACGCUCACACCUUGUGGUUUAAUAAGCAGUGAAGUCAUUGUGCAUCAAAAGGAGCCCUUGGGUCCUGCUCUUGACCCCGGUGGGGAUUUGCUUUUCUUUGUGAUUUGGGGAAGGGGGUUUGAUUUCUCGGUGACUUGCCCCCUCAUCUUUUUUCAUAUCCAUUUUCUUAAAAAAGCCGUCAGACCUGGCUUCCAUGGGCAGGUUGGCCAAGCUAGCAUGGAGGAAGUUGGGAUAUAAAUGAAACGUACAGGGGAUGUGUGAAGAGAAGCAGUUCCUUAUUUCUGAACAACUCAGGGUAGAAACCAUGUGGAACCACAUGUUCCCUGACCACAGGGACAGCCCACUGCUGCAUCAUUCAUCACUUGUGAUCAGAGGGCAUCUAAGGAAGGCAGUUCUGUAAUGGGCUCUGUGUCUGUGUGUGGGUGCGUGCGCACGGAGGGUAAAUAGGGAGAAGGGAAAGCAGGGGUUGUUUCAAAAGAUUAUUAGAGAUGAGGGCUAUACCCAUUUUGCGGGAGUGGAGAGAAAGGCCCAAGUCGUUGGACCAUCAUGGGGAAAAACUCAUUAGCAGGAAGAAAGAUCAAGAGGACUCUGAGUGGAUGAACACAGGACCAAAGGGAUGGGCCAAGCAGCAACGUGACUGUCGGCUGAGGGGAGCCCAUGGACAGUGUCACCAUCGCUUCUGUGAGGAGGCUUACAGGAGUCCUGGUUCCCCUAUGCAGGUCCAUGGCUUGUGAGCACGCCGGGUCUCCUGGUGGGAGAACCUGGGUCCAGGGCAUCUUGGGGUCCACCCACCAGCUCCAUGGGCCUCCUUGAAAUGCUGUGGAAACAUUCCUUUCUCAUACGGGGUGCCUGAUUGCUCAGAAACACACCUCCUCUUCUUCACAUAACCAAGGACAGGUUAUACACAUCCAAUCACUGCCACACGCUGACACGUGCUCUUCAAAGCUCUUUGUGAAAUUCAGUUUUGUACCAAGUCCACUGAGUCUAGUCACGUUAACAAGCAGAUUUGUCCAUUUUUAAGCGGACAUGCCCAGGGAUCCAGGUGCUUAUACUUCUCUUACACGUUGGGAAGGACCUUGGAUUUGCUGAGAACAUGACUGUGGCCUUAGCCUUGACACUCAAAGGUCUGAGCUCUGGAGCAUAUCAUGGGCCUUAGCUCUCUGUGUACAAAAUGGAGACAGCCGUUUUCUUCCUCCUGCCCUUAGGGGUGUUGUGAGGCUGGAGAAGGCAAGUGAAUGAGCCUUGUAGUCUGUAAAGUGAGACUUGUAUUUUGGAUCAUUUAUUUUAAUUCUACUUGCAAUCCAUUACUUAGUAUCUUUAUUUUAAAUGGUUUCUACUAAAUUCGCUAGGUUCAGUAUUUCUGUCAUUUUUUUUCUGCUCUGAUGCACAAGAACCCAUUUUAGAAUAAAGUGAAAAGCAAAAUGGUCAUUCCUGUGGACCUUCAA